GGAGUGGCAUUUUGUUUUUCAUUAUGAACAUUUUUGGCCUGUGAUUACACCAUUUGUGUGAAAGACUUUUACUAAUUCGUACGUGAAGAUGGAGAACGAAGUUAUCAGCGACUAUCAGUCGUCCCUGGUGGAUUUGACGUGCAACAGCAAGCCGUUGAUCAACAUGCUGACCAUGCUGGCAGAAGAAAACGAGCAAUAUGCAUCGCAUAUUGUCGAAGUGAUCGAAUCGCAUAUAAAUCAGGCGGAUGAAAAGAAGAAACUGCCAUCGCUCUAUCUAAUAGACUCCAUUGUCAAGAAUUUGCCCAAGACCACAUAUCCAAGUCUUUUUUCUCACAACAUUGUCUCAGUGUUCUGUGGAAUGUUUGAAAAGGUGGAUGAGAAAACAAGACAAUGUAUGUUCAAAGUACGACAGACGUGGAACGAAAUAUUUCCAAAUAGGAAACUAUAUGCUGUAGAUGUACGAGUGAACCUUGUGGAUCCAGCUUGGCCGAUCACUGCCCAGCCACCUGUUGAGUCUAGUAUCCAUGUCAACCCAAAGUUCCUGGCUGCAAAGCAGAAAGAAGAAGAGAUUUUGGACGACGAAGAUCUCAUCAUCCACGACACUGUAACUGAGGAACAGGAGGCGUUGAUGCGCCAACAACUAAUUGCUAAACAACAGGAACUACUCAAAUUGCAGCAACAACGUCUCGAGCUUGAACUGAAGGAGACUAGAGCCAAACUAGAUCAGCAAAAACAGCUCAAUUCUGGUAAAUCCCAGCCUUCUGAGGAUUUGCCAAUAGAUCCAGUGGAGAUACCGAACCCACCCAUCCUUCCUACCUCAAAGUCCUUAACUGAGACCUCAGUACCUACUGUGACUAGUGCUCCUAGUCGACCCACCACCCGAGACCCCCGCCUAGCCUCCAGGGAUCCUCGUUCAGUCCGCAGAGACCCUCGUCUUAAAGGCAAAAGUGUUGCUGAUUCUACACCACCGCAGGUGUCAAAGUCAGAAAGUAGUCCUGCAGCUGUUGAGAAUUCUGAAUUGACCUCUGUACCUACUUCUAUGGUUGUACCUACUUCUCUGAUGGCAUACCCACCGCCUCCCUUGCCAAACAUGAUGCCACCUACUGUUGCUGGGAUGAUGCCACCUGGCAUGGUACCAGGAUACAUGCCACCUGUGAUGAAUAUACAGCCACAAACAAAUAUUCUUCCUCCUGCAGGUGGACCUGGACGAUCUAUUGUGCUACCAGGCAUGCUUCCCUUUCCCAUGCCAACAGCUCGAAUGGGUAUACCAGUGCCUCCACCUGUUGUCAAUAUCAACAACCAGGCCAUCCCUAGUAAAGAGGAAGAUCCAAAGACUGAUAAGCAUAGUCAUGAGAAAUCAAACAGUAAAUUGAGUAAAAGCUCUUCCUUGCAACAUUUGUCUCAGAAAUCCAGUACUGACCACAAGUCAAAGGAUGGGAAGGAAAGUUUUAGAUCAAGUCGUGAUAUGCGUGCUGAUCGUAAACACAGCGAUAAACGUGAUACCAACAGCACAAGUGCUAAAAAUAAUAGACAUUCCGAAUCAAAACGUUCAUCUGUGGAGAAAGAUCGUGAUCAAAAAGACAAUAAAGAUGGUAAGGAUCGUAAGUCAUCAUCAUCUUCAUCUUCAUCAUCAUCAAGUCGACGAGAAAGUCCAAGAACAAGCUACAGUAGCAGUGGUUCAAAAGAGGAAAAGCCUAAAACGAGAAAUGACUCUAAAAGUGAAUCAAAGUCAAAAAAAAGUGACAAGGAUGAUAUCCGUCAUAAAAGAAGCAGCAGAGAUUCUGAUGAAGAUAGCAGGAAGAGUAAUCGUAGUGAUGACUCGGAUGAUCGGCGACGAGAAAGUACGCGCUCAACACGUGGUUCAAAAACUAGAACAAGGUCACGGUCACCAGUGAAAUCCAAAUCUCCAGAGCCAAGAAAAUCUAAAAAUAAGGCAAAGGAGAAACUGGACAGAGGAGAGAAAAAUGAGAAAAAGCCUUCAAAGGAAGGAAGUAAAAAACUGUCUCCUUCGAAAAAAAGUAAAAAAGUAGAGAAGGGGGUCGUAGAAAAGACUACUGAAGAGAGUGAAAAAGUUGAAAGUGUGAAAGUAAAGGAAGAACCUGUUGACAUGGAUACUGACAACAGAGAAGUACCUAAGAUAGAGGAGCCUGAGAAAGUGGAGGAAAUAAAGAAAGAAAAGGUGGAGGAGACAGCUGUUGAACCCUUACAACAAGAUGUGCCAAAAGUAGCCUCCCAGUUAGAGGACAUGGAUGUCGAUGACCGACAGGUUCCCACUCAGACUCCGGAGAGUCUGAAGCGAGAUCUUGAAGAUAAAAAGGAGGAGAGUGAUGUUACAGAGGAUGGACCAAGUUCAAGUAAGAAAGCUCGACUGGAAGAGGAACCUGAACUUAGUACAGCCAAGGUUAUGGAUGAGGACCUCAGCUCCUUGUUUGGGUCUGAAGACCAAGACUACAGAAGCCAAAGGGAUGGCCCUGUUCCUCCAAUGAAAAGUCCCUACCAUGAUAAGUGGAUGAAGUUUAGAGAAAACCAUCCAGGUGACUUUAAAUAUGAGUUGGAUCUGCAAAAGGGUAGAGAACUGGCUGCCCAGGAUGUGGACCACCGAAGAGCAAGUUCUGAAUCUGACCCUCUGAAGGAUGUGGAUCAUAGACAUGAAGGAUUCCCUCAGGAUACAGAUCUACGGUCGUCCACAACUCGUAACACCCUAGACCACGAUGUACAAGACUACGACAACCGACCGCGUCCUAAACCCGUCCAUAUACCUGCAGCCCUACAGCUGGAUCAUAGGGAGGAGAUUCUUGAACAGAUUGAGCAGCGUCGGAGGUCUGGUGAUUUGAGUCAUGAUAUGCAUCAGGAAUUACUUCACCAACUUUCCAGAUUGGAUAAUGUACAACGCCAGCAAGACCGGCUUGGGUUCACUGAUAAUGCCCAGAGGCAUGGUAGUCCUAUUCGUGAUACAGACCGCCGCGGUAGAGAUAGCUGGCAGUACAGAUCACCACUCAAAGACCCACCCAACAGCAGAUCCUAUGAAGGGCGACCAGACUUUCAGAGACCUAGUAGAUACAGAGACGGACCUCUCAAGGACUUUGAUGACAGACAUGGAUCUGACCGACGACGGACACCUCCUUUAGAUCAUUCUGGUCCCCUGCGGGAUAGAAACAGAGACAUAGAUAUUCGACACGGUCCUGAAUUUGGUGACAGGCGUAGACCACCUAAUCACAUGGAUGGACCCAAUAGGGACUAUGACAGUAGACUUGGACCACCUAGGGACUUUGAUAGACGACGUGAACCUCUAAUGGAUGCCAACCGUCCUCCUAGAGACUGGCAGGGACCAGAUGGCCGUCAGAGGUCAGGACCCAACCGUGAUCAUAAUCGAGACUGGAAUUAUAAUGAAAACGGAGGCAGGGGCUGGCAGAAUCAGGGUCACUGGAAUGAUGAGCCUGGCUAUAGAAAGGAUGGUCCCCCAGGACGGUAUCAUGACCCGCGGUCAAGGUAUAGAGAUGAAAGAGGUCCACCAGAUGGCCCACAGGGUAGGAACGGACCAUACAAUGACAGAGGGCCACAUAUGGGUCCACCAGGACAUAGAGGUCCAACUCAUCAGCACCCAUUUAUCAAACGGCAACAAUCCACAGACCCAAGGUGGAGAAGGAUUGUUGGCUAUCGGGGACCUGACGAAAAUGAGGAGUUUGUUAUUGACGGACGACCCUUUGGUAUUGCUGUUGGACAACCAGCAAGGAAGAUUAGGGCAGCUGGACGGACUAUAGAAGUUUUUGCAGAUCCAAAUGAACGUGCAAUUCGUCUGGAUGGAGCUAUUGUAUACAGGUUUGGGGAUAUGGUUAGAGAUGUAAACAUUGGCCGUGUGAAUGUUAAGAUAUUCUAUCAUGGUUUGCCACGCUCUAUUUGGAUUGACGGCAUAAUGAGGGAACUACGUGUCGAUGCACCACCAAAAAUUAUAAACAUUAAGGACAAGGAGCAUACAAUGCGCAUUGAUGGGCGAGAUCUAAUGAUCCUGAUAGACAAUAAAGAAAUGGGUGUAGUGGGGGGACCACCUAGAUAUGCCUUUAUUGACAAUAGCCGUUGUGAGUUCAGGUUUGACCCUCCUCCUCGCAAGAUCUUAAUUGAUGGCAAUAUGUGUGAACUGAAGCUAGACAGAGCUAUCCCCUGUAUUGUAAUCAAUAACAAAAAAAGGGGAAUACGCUUUGAUGGUCCCCCGAGAGAGAUCAUUGUAGACAAUAUCAAUUACCUGGUUCCUGUCGACGAUUGUGUGAAAAUACGAAUCAACAACAGGCCUCAUUACUUGGCACUUGGAGGACCAGCUCACGAGGUGAUUCUGGAUGGCAAAUGGUUCGAAGUGAAAUUUGGUGGGCCAGCCAAGGAGAUCUCCUUAGGAAACCGUGUGAUAUAUGUAAGGCUAGAAGGACCUCCACCAGAAGUAAAGAUUUUGGAUGAAAUUAUUGAAGAACCUGAAUCUGUGCAAAUGCGGUAUGAGAGUGGCCCUCCAGCAAUGCAAGAUCCAAGACCCAAUGGUCCAGUGCAGCACAUGCAGCCCUCUGGGCCAGGACAACAAGGCCCUUCAGUAAUGGUAAUGGGCAGUUCCAUGGACUCUCAGCCACUGAUGCAGCAAGGAAUGAUGCAGCCACAGCCAGGACAGGUCAUGAUGAACCCCCUCCAACAACAACAAGUAGUGGCAUCCCAGGGACAGCCAGGGUUUGGUGGUGUGAUGCAGCAAAACCCAAUGCUUCCCACACAAAUCCAAGGUCUGAUGCCUGCUGUGUCUAGCACAAUGACCACUGGUUUCCCUAGUCAGGCACCAGUCCAACAGGCACCAACUAACCAGUUGAAUGUAGACUCACUACUUCAGCGUCUCAUGGCUACUGGUAUCAUCCCAGGCAAGGUCAGCAGCGACAAGGACACCACCGAAACAGCCGAAACGCCUAAACCACCGGAGAUAAGUGGCAAAAAUGUGAAUAAAAAGACGACUGCAAAGGAUAACUUCAUUAAGCCAGUGUUUAAACAAGUUAAGAUAAAAGAUGUACCAGAUCUGACCGAACUAAAGACAGAAAAACUGAAACAGUUUCAUGAGGGAGUUAUACAAAGUCUGUUCUCAGGGAUUCAGUGCUCAGCUUGUGGUCAGCGUUUCUCUGCUCAACAGACUGAGAGGUACAGGGAACAUUUAGACUGGCAUUUCCGACAGAACAGGCGAGACAAAGAUGAUGCUAAAGUCACUAAGUACAGACGGUGGUACUAUGAUGUUUCAGACUGGAUAACAUAUGAAGAAAUAGAUGAAUCUGAAGAUAAAGGUCGCAGUAAUGUGUUUGAGAAGAUGUUGGCUAUGGCUUCUACAGCCAAUGCCCCAAGUAUUACCCAGGAGACUGUAGUGAAUGCCCCUGAGGGUUCAGACAUCAUCCAUUGUCCCCCAGCUACUGGAGAGGAGAAGGGAGACAUGUGUGAGAUUUGCAGAGAUCCAUUUGAACAGUUCUGGGAUGAGGACCAAGAGGAGUGGCACUUGAGGGAUGCCAUUCGUGUGGAAAACAAGACAUACCAUCCUAUCUGUUACGAAGAUGAAAAAGAGGGCAGUAUAUUGGAGCCCACACCCACACCCAUCAAGGCUCCUUUGGAAAACCCCCUUGCAAAACAGAUUCAGGAAGAGGCCAAUCCCAUCAUCUUACAGAUUCGACAGGAGCUAGGUGAGCUUCCAGUCUCUGCCAUCGACAUGAGUAAGGUCAAGGUGAACAAGACCAAGUUAUUUGUUCCAGAAGAUGAUGAAGAGGAGCCAGCAGCAGCAACAGAGGUGAAGGAGGAGCCUGUUCAAGGAGAGAGUGAGGAAGAGGAGGAAUCAGAGAGAGACAGUGUUAUGGCAAUCAUUAAGUCAGUGGUGAAAACAGAGCCUUCCUCUACUUUGGUGAAAACAGAACCCGGGCUAUGACAUAUACUUGAGCAAUAAACUGGGCAUUUUCCAAGUGGAUCAGUCAGGACCAUCAUCAAUUAAGUCACCCAUCAACAUUUGCAGUGAGACAGAAGAAAAUUGUGAUUAAAGGCAUUGUCUGUCCUGCAUUACUAGUCAGAUUAUAGUCUCCAUUUCUAUUGCUGUACCAACUCUUCAGGGUCACAUCACGUGAAGUAUGAUAUGUGUGAAGGAUUUUGUCCAGAAUGUUUACAAAACCCCAUGCUGUUGGUACAGCUUUCAUCCACAGAUUCCAAAGCAUUAUGUGAUAAAAUGGCCUUUACUGUUGUACGGGUAAAAUAUUUGCAAGGUCAUUCAAAAUUGUAAGUACAGCAGUGUUUGUAUUUUUUUUUUAUAAUUGAUAAAUUCGUAAAUAUUUAUUUUGAUUACUAAGUGAUUACAGUAAUAUGUCAACUAGUCCAUACGCUGGAGUUCCUGAGGCAAAGUGUGAAUAUCACAAUAUUCUGUGUGAGGUCAUGAGGAAAUAGGAUUUCUUCCCACCCAAGGCAGCCUUCAUUACAAGUUUCUUAUGGUAAAACCUUAUAUGGAAAUCAGACUUUAGGAGUUAGGAACUCAGUGAUUUACUCUCAUUCUGUUUUGUGAAAUGUAUGUGUUUUUUUUAUGAAGUAAUUAUCCUGUAUUUAUGAGUUGUUUUGUAAAUAUGCUGUACAUUGUUAAAAAUUAAUUUUUUUUUCUUAAUUAUGGAAUUUAUUUUUCCAGUCGAAGUUCUAGAUUUUAAGUGCUUUUAAGUGUAAGUCCAACAUCCAUUGACAACAAGAAGAAACUGAUGAGCUCAGAGGUGGUAUGAUUCUGUUCCAAAACUGAAAUGGGACAGAUAAGAUGUACAGAUUUACAAAAGUGUUGAAAACUCUCAGCUGUCCUCCAUUAGAUUUCCUUAGUUAUUUGAUGUUACAGGGUAGUAUUGUUUUUGUUUGUGUUUUAUUUUGAUAUGUGAUUAUGAUAUUUAGAGGAUGUUAAGGGAGUUUUCAAUACUAAAGGGAGAAGAAAAUCUUUUGUUCGUUUUCUGUCUCCUGAUAUGUUCUGUCUUUUUGUAAAACAUACAAAGUUAUCUGCUCUAGUGAACAGGUAUCAGUUGUUUUCUUAUUUAUUAAUGAGAGAAUAGAAUUGUAAAUUUGCAAAAACGAAGUAAUUUUCUCCGGCAAACUAAUGACCUAACAAUCAAUACUUGCUUACAAGAGCAGAUAACUCUGUGUUUGGAAACAAUGGAAUUGAUAAUUGAAUUAAUCAAACCCUAAGGGGAUGUGCUAUAUUCAAAUGAAAAGUUUGAUGAUGGUGGACAAACUCCGUAGUUUUUUUGUAUGUUGACACUCGAGAUUUCUGAUUCUCAGGUCGCCUAGCUUGACCAGCACAUCAAAUGGUAGAAGUAAGGUAUCAGUAGUGAAGUCUUCAAAGUGAUAAGACAGCCUAAAAAGCAUGAUUGCUUUGUGCUUGUGUCAGUAACUAUCCAGUGAGACUGGAAUUAUAAUAGAAAAUUAUUGGAAAUUUGAAGCAGUGCUUAGUGUAGAUAUAUUGACGAGAGAGUUAUGUUACAUAUAAAAAGCAGAUAGCACUAUUUAUGAUGUCCAAGGAUUUAUGAAUUAGAAGCAAAGCAUUUAGAAUGUGGUUUAAAAGAAGUGCUGGUUGUUAGAAUGUGGUCCACGUGUGAUUAAUUUGUCUGAAUGUGUCUGAAGACAUAAAUGCUUGAAAUAAAUGAUUGUAUGGAGGGUAACUGCAUAGUUUUAUAUAUAUGAAUGGAAAAAAAUAAACAGGUAUACAAA